CUCAUCCUAGGAUAUAUCUCAGUUGCCACGUUGUAUCUUAAAGAAUUCGCUUUUCCUUUAUCGCUAUCGAAGAUGACAUUUUGUAUCUCGCGAAGUUUAACCGUGACAAUAAUUAGCUGCUUCGCCAUUCUGGUCAAUUGCAGUCCGAAGUUCGAUGAUGGAGGUUUUGUGCCGAGUUCUAUCAGCUACAUGGAAAAGCAGGCAAAAACACAGGAUCAAAUAGCCAUGCCGUCUCAGAUUCAACAGCACGACGAAACGUCGAAACGCGAAUCCGAGACGAACGACAUUGCAGAUCGUAGCCAGGAGGCACGAUUUGGUUUCACCAAUGUUGGAAGUACAGGGAGCGGUUACGGCGUAUCACCUUAUGCGCCGGCGAAAAUAGAUCUUGGAGGACUUCUCUUGGGAGCUAUCAUAGGCGUGGGAUCGAUUCUCAUCAUCCCAAAGCUGCUCUAUAUCCUGUCGGGAACUUACGGUGCUUAUGCCAGAAGUGAAGACAAUGGCUUCACGCAGACUCUGACGAGGAUCGAUGAUGUCCUGGCUCGCCAUGGCAUCGACACGACCUCGUGCAUGCAACGCGCGGUAUGCACCUACUCGCAACAGGCGGCCGUCGCAGUGGGCGACGAGGGCGAGAACAACGAGAACGAGAAAGACCAGAAGGUGACGUCCUUCGAGAAGAUAGUAAACACAAUUACCAGCAAUCAGGUGUUCCGCACAGCUAUGCAGGGCACGGCGAUCGAGGAAGCGGUGGAAGCCGGUACGAAGGGCAGAAACUGCUCAAGAUCGUAUCCACACUGCGGCUUCUCGAUGGAGACCAUGCUGUCGCUGUUGGCUAACGUCAUCGCGACGGUGAACGCGCGCGUCGCGACGUCCACUGAUUCCUCGUUGUAAUAUUGCUUAUGUAAUUUUUACCCUUCAGAGAAAGACGAUUACAAUUUAAAUAGCAGAUUAAAUCAUGGAAAAAGAAGAGAAGCGCAUAAAAAAUAAGCUCGCUGUAUCUUGCGUAAGAAAGAGGCAAGAUAAGAAUUUAACAAUUUAACAGGCAAUAGAUAUGUAGAAUUAUUUAUCAUGAGCGGUGAAAGUCUCGGUAGCUUUUGCAGUACUUUAAUUCGAUUUGUACAACGAUAGCUUCAUCUUUAUUUCGUCGAGAUAUACAUUAGUGUGUGUCGGGUGUCUGUAUGUAUGUUUGCAAAUUAACAAAAGUGAAACCUCGGCGCAACCCCCGUGCUCUCACGUGCGCUCAGCGUGACACGCUCUUCUUUCUCUCUUCGGUUACACAUAGAAAAUGUUAUAUAGUCUAAUACGGCUUUCACAUUGAGGAAAAUAGAAUCGACUAGAGUCGCGAUACGGUCGCAGGCGCAUCGCGCUUAACACGUGUCAACAAUCAGUACAGGCACUGCCCAUGACGAUGUCGUAUUUACUUAUAUGUUUAUACAACAUUCUCCCCGGACAACACAGCACGCAUACACAGGCGCGAGGAUGAAUCGGAAAGUAAAGACACGAUGGUUUCCCUACUUAUUUCACUCUUCCGGUUUGUCACGGUGCAAGGCAACUUGAAAAAAUGACUCCGUUUCAAGCAUUAUCUACCUAGACGUUAUCGCCUAGAAAGUUAAAUCGCACAAUCAAAAAAGAGAAUUUGAAUUAUUUAUCUAGAAGGUUUGGAAAAAUUCAUAAAUUAAUGCAAAAGUUAAGGUAGCAGGUUUUAAAUUUGUCCUUUUUUAACACGUCCUACAGAAGACGUGCUUUAAGUAGAAGAAUAUAAUUUCUAUAUGUAAUUACAGACACGUUAGUUGUUAGUUAUAAAAUAUAAGAGACGUGUAUCUUUACUUUUUCAUUCACUUUCGCGUAUUAUUCUCGGAGCAGGACGUUCGUGUGCGAGGUAUUGAUUCUUAGGAAAAAAGGACUCGUUCUUAAAAGAUACAUUUCUACGCUCGGAUUGUCUUCACUAGUGAAUGAAGGUUAAAUUAUUUUCAUAUUUAAUACGAAGAAAGAUAAAUAUUGAAUACCUUCUACACAAGGGAAGGCAAACAAUGCGGAAUGUAUACUUAAUUAUUGAAUAUGGUAUGCUCUUAUAAAACGCGUCUAUCGUCAAAAUGACGUCAGGAAAUCGAUCGAUACCUAAUACUUAAAAAUUAAUAGUAUGACAACAACAGUGCUACAACAAUGUGUUAUUAUUAAAAGACUAAAGAUAGCAAAGAACGUUCGUGUGAAUAAAAAAGCACCAUUCGCACGAAGAUAUCCUUCGUUCCUUCAUCACGUUUCCAACAUUUUACAUAGAAUUGGUCCUUGCAAACAGGUCGCGACUGAAUCAAUAAAGUAUAGCGAUACAUUUCUGUAUUCGUGCGAUCAAUAUAGAUUUUUCGGAAUGUCGAAGUGCAUUUCGAAAAUUCUUCCUGGAACAAUUUUAUAAAAUUCAACGUUAAUUUCAGCAAUAAUUUAUAUUCUCUAUCGAUAUUUUCGCGCACUCUGAAACUUCAAUAUUUACAUUCAAUAGGGAUUUAAUUUUAUCGAGAGUUUAGUGAAGAACGAAAAUAUCUUAAUGUCGAUGUUACUUUCUUUGGAAUUUCCUUAUUACUUAUUAAAAUGAGCAAGAAUUUCUUUCACGGACGACUUAACUUGACUUAAUACUGUCGUUGAAUUUAUGUUGUCGCAUUUUUAUUGCUAAAUGUGUAUUAUUGAUAAAUCUCAUCGAGUUAAUUCCGUCUUCGGAAUACUCUCGAUAUAUCUAUAUACUACCGAUACUUUUUUUAGAAGAAUAAUAUCUCUUAUAUACAUAUAUAUAUAUAAUAUAUGCGUAAGAGCGUCGUAUUCGAUCGAUCGAAUAACUUUGUUACGAAGCGAAUCACGA